AUGCCAAGUAUUUCAUCAUCAAGAACGUUUUCUGUCAUGUCAUCAUCGUCUGUUUCAACUCGAGGACAUCCAUUUCUAUCUCGAUUUAUCAUGAGUAUGACCGUAGUUAUACUUCUUGUAGGAUUUUGUCCAUAUGUUUCUUCGUCGCCGACACCUCCAUCGAAUGACCAAGACAAGCAAAUCAAUCAGCAAUCCAAUGGCUUUAUUCUCGAUGCCGACAACUCGCAUCAAACACCAUCAUUAUCAUCGUCCGUCCAAGAAGCACUUUCAGACUCAUCACCAACUUGGUAUGUACAACCGCGUGCGAACGCUCAUGAAUUUCUAAUGUCAAAUCUCAAUGAUAAUGAAAUCAUUGUAUCCAAACGUUUUACACGAUUUCUUUAUGAUGAUCAAGUCAAUGACGAAAGUGACGAUGAUGAUGUUUUUAUACCAUCAAACAAACGAUCAGCUGUGGGAAACAAAGGCACAUAUUCGAACCUGAUCAAACGAAAACAAUUAACCAAACCACCGAUGGAAGUUAUGAAUGAAAUUGUCAAUUCGAUUUAUCUUAAACGUUAA